AUGAUUCCCUUGGAAUCGCUGUUCAUCUGGGCCCGGUACUUUGUCCUGCUCCUGGUGCCAUCUUUCAUUCUUCUUUCGGCCUACCGAAGCUUCCUUCACCCGUUGAGGAAAUAUCCGGGGCCAUGGCUCGCCAAGAUCACCGACGGAUACGGUGGCUAUAAUGCCAUCCGGAUGCGAUUCCACCUCGCCGUCAUGAGGGACCAUGAGAGAUAUGGGCCUGUCUUUCGCCAGGCUCCGAACAGGCUCGUGUUCAACACCGCUACCGCUCUCCAAGAUAUUUACAACAGCGAACGAAUCGGCAAAUCUUGGGUCUAUACCACUCUAAGAAUGGCCAAGACCUCCCCAAACAUCUUCAACGUUCUCGACAAGCAGCUCCACCGCACCAAGCGCAAGGUCAUCGGCCAGGCAGUGACCGAGCGGGCCAUGCGCCUCUUCGAGUCCACCCUGCAGCAGCAGGUCGAUAUCUUCAUCGAGCAGCUGCGGUUCAGCGGGAAGGACCCCGUGGAUAUCACCCCGCGCUGCAGACAGGUCGGCCUCGACACCAUCGGCCUCCUGGCCUUCGGGUAUGAAUUCAACACCCAGCGGGACCCGGAGCACCGCUUCAUGCUUGACGGCCUGUUCGCCGGCAACUACAAGAGCAACUGCUUCUUCCAGUUCCCGCUGCUGCAAGACCUCGGCCUCGAGGCGCUGCUCGCGAGCGUCAGUGGCCGCAGCCGGGCGCGGUUCUGGGCGAUCAUGGACAAGAUAACUACAGGUCGUCUCAGCAUGGGGAAGAAUGCCCGCCAUGACCUUGUCUCAUUCGUGGCCGACGGGACGCAAGGCGCGGCCAUGGACGAUGCCCAGCUGCGCGAGCUGCUCUUCUCCGAGGGCUUGUUCUUCGUUGCUGCGGGAGGCGACACCACUGCUGCCGCGCUUGGCGGUCUCUUCUUCUACCUCAGCCGGGAUGUCAACGCCGAGGCGUACAGGAAGCUCGCGGAUGAGAUACGCUCCACGUUCUCCAGCGCCGAGGAAAUUCACAGCGGGCCGAAACUGUCUAGCUGCCACUACCUGCGCGCGUGUAUCGAUGAGGCCAUGCGCAUGUCACCCCCGGUCCCCGGCGUCGCCUGGCGCCAGCAGGCCCCCGAAGACCCUCAGAAAGGCCAGCCCCUGAUAAUCGACGGGCACGUCGUUCCACCGGGGACACAGAUAGGCGUGAGCGCAUACGCGCUGCACCACAACGAGAACUACUUCCCCUCGCCCUUCUCCUUCAAGCCGGAGCGCUGGCUCGACGCAGCGCAGGCCGCGAGCAUGCGGCCCGCAUUCAUGCCGUUUUCUGUGGGCUCGCGGUCGUGCGCCGGAAAGGCGAUGGCGUACCUCGAGGCGAGCCUGGUUGUCGCCAAAACGCUGUGGCACUUUGACUUUGAGGUUGCGCCGGGGGAGCUGGGCCGUGUUGGUGGUGGCGCGCCUGGCAAGGGGUUGGGCAGGGAGAGGGCGGAUGAGUAUCAGCUUUAUGAUAUCUUUGCGGCGUCGCAUAGUGGUCCGUACCUUAUUUUGAACGAGCGGGACCAGUAG